AUGUCCGAUCCAACAACAGGCAAGCCCAACGGCAGCACCGUCGUCAAUGGCUCGCCCAAUGCGGUGCCGCUGCGGUCGGCGGCCGCCGCCGCCUCUUCUACCUCGACCACGACUCCUCCCAAUGGCAACGGCACCAGCAGUCCCGGCCGUCCAACACCGGCACGGACGCCCAGUGUAUCGGGCCUGUCACGGACCGAGUCUCUGGUCGAUUUCGCCACGGCUGAGGCUGACGAGCGUGCCGCCCGCGUGCGCAAGCUGCUGCCCGAGGAGUUCAUCCUCCCCAACGGCCACCCCGACUACCUCCGCCUGAUCCUCACCUCCCGCGUCUACGAAGUCUGCAAGGAGACCUCCCUCAGCCAUGCUGUCAACAUCAGCAACCGCCUCGAGUGCAACGUGCUGCUCAAGCGCGAGGACGAGCAGCCCGUCUUCAGCUUCAAGCUGCGCGGCGCCUACAACAAAAUGGCCCACCUCGACCCGGCCCAGUCGUGGCGCGGCGUCGUCUGCUCGUCGGCCGGCAACCACGCCCAGGGCGUUGCCUACUCGGCCCGCAAGCUCAAGAUUCCUGCCACCAUUAUCAUGCCCGAGGGCACGCCCAGCAUCAAGCACAAGAACGUCUCGCGCAUGGGCGGCCACGUCGUGCUGCACGGGCCCGACUUUGACGCGGCCAAGCAGGAGUGUGCCCGCCGCGUGCAGCAGGACGGCCUCAUUGACAUCCCGCCCUUUGACGACCCGUACGUCAUUGCCGGCCAGGGCACCAUUGGCAUGGAGCUGCUGCGCCAGACCAACAUCCAGAAGCUCGAGGCCAUCUUCUGCUGCGUCGGCGGCGGCGGCCUCAUUGGCGGCAUCGGCGUCUAUGUGAAGCGCAUCGCACCCCACGUCAAGAUCAUUGGCGUCGAGGCGUACGACGCCAACGCCAUGGUCCAGUCGCUGGCCAAGGGCGAGCGCGUCGUCCUCAAGGAGGUGGGCCUGUUCGCCGACGGCGCGGCCGUCAAGGCCGUCGGCGAGGAGACGUUCCGCAUCUGCCAGGAGGUCGUGGACGAGGUCAUCCAGGUCACCACCGACGAGACCUGUGCCGCCAUCAAGGACGUCUUUGAGGACACGCGGUCCAUUGUCGAGCCGGCCGGCGCGCUGGCGGUGGCCGGCCUCAAAAAGUACGUCGCCCAGAACCCGUCGUCCGACCCGACCCGCACCCUCGUCGCCAUCACGAGCGGCGCCAACAUGAACUUUGACCGCCUGCGCUUUGUCGCCGAGCGCGCCACCCUGGGCGAGGGCAAGGAGGCUCUGCUGGCCGUCGAGAUCCCCGAGCGGCCCGGCUCGUUCGCCGAGCUCAUUGAUGCCAUCAUGCCCCACGCCGUCACCGAGUUCAGCUACCGCUACAACGACGGCCGCGCCGCCAAUGUGCUGCUGGGGCUGUCGCUGACGGCGGCCAACGCCGCGGAGCGCGUGCAGCAGCUCGGCAACCUCAUGGCCCGCAUCGCCUCGACCGAGGGCAUGCACGCCGUCGACGUGUCGGGCGACGAGCUCGCCAAGAGCCACAUCCGCUACCUGAUGGGCGGCCGCUCGACGGUGCCCCACGAGCGCCUGUACAUGUUCAACUUCCCCGAGCGGCCCGGCGCCCUCGACAAGUUCUUGGCCACGCUGCGCCCGCGCUACAGCAUCAGCCUGUUCCAGUACCGCAACGAGGGCAGCGACAUUGGCAAGGUGCUGACAGGCAUCCUGUGCCCCGAUGCCGAGGUCGGCGAGCUGGAGACGUACCUGAGCGAGAUUGGCUACCCCUGGGUCGACUGCACAGAGAGCAACGUCUUCAAGUCGUUCUUGCGGAACUAG